UUUUCAGCAGCUCGCCGAGUCGUCGCCGGUCACUCCCCGUCGCCGGCCCCAGCUCGCCCUCGAAUCCUCGCCGCCGGUGGCUCCCCGUCGACUCGAGGCGAGUCUCUCUCCCUCCGUGCGUGCGUGUGGAAUCGUGGGUCGCACGUUUCUUGAAAUCUAUGCUCGUGCGCAUCGCUGUGCGCUUGCUCUCGUCCACGAACUGAUCGGGCUUGCUGUGCCGGUGCUUUAUGGCAUGAUUGACCCAUCUUCAGAUUUUUAAUACUUCCGUGAGUUACCAUGUAGCUGGAAAAAGAUCUUACUGUUGUUCCCGUGCGUUGCGCCUUUUUCCAGAUUUGUUUCGCCGCGAGUUGAUAGAGGGGAGAUAGUGGCGGUGCUUGCGAGGCGUUGGGUUGAAACUGGGGGUGCCCAGUGCGAGAAUGGGAGGAAAGGAGGAGAAGAGAGGGAGAAUUGAGGAGGGUCGGGUCAAUGUCGCGAUGGAUGUUGGUCGCCGCGAGGUCGGCGCAGGGGAUGGAGUUGAGAAUGGUGUUGAUGAGGUCGAUCGAGAUAAGAAGAAGAGCAAGACCAAGAGGGAGGUCCGUGACGGUGGAAGUGAAUUUGUAGCAGAAAAUGUGAAGGGUUCUGUUGGUGAUGAAAACGAGAAGAAGAAGAAGAAGAAGAAGCGAGAAGAAGGCCUGGACGAGAAGGAACUUGAGAAGGCGGUGAGGAAGGGAAGUAGACUUAGCGAGGGCAGUGAAAACAGUGGAGCUAAGAGCAUCUCAAACGUCCCCCAGAUUGGAGAAUAUGGAGAUGGGCACAUGAGUCAUGGUGGCUUCGAAAACAAGGAAGAAAGACUGCAAAUCCAAACAAAGAGGGACAAGAAUAAGAAGCACAAGGAGGUGAGGAAGAUGGAUGACACAGAUGCGGCUUUCUCAGCAACUAAGCAUUUUGCAGACGACAAACCUGAUGCGGGAGUUCAGGAGCUGAACAAGUCUUUGGGCAAGAACAUCGAGGAAAUAAAAUAUACAGAUGAAGUCAGUAUAGAGAAGAAAAAGAAGAAAAAGGGGAGCAGGGAUGGUGAUCCUGUUGGGGAUAAGAAUAAGAAGGAGAAGAAUAAGAAGCACAAAGAGGUUAAGAAGAUGGAUGACAUAGAUGCAGCUUUCUCAGCAACUAAGCAUUUGGCAGACGACAAACCCAGUGCAGGAGUUCAGGAGCAGAACAAGUCUUUAGGCAAGAACAUCGAGGAAAUAAAAGAUACAGAUGAAGUCAGUAUAAAGAAGAAAAAGAAGAAAAAGGGGAGCAGGGAUGGUGAUCCUGUCGGGGAUAACCAAAAGAUGGAGGAAGCAGGUGGAUCUUCUGAUGCGGUGAUAGAGAAAAAGGAUGUCCAUGAGAAGGAGAGGAGCAAGAGAAAGAAAAAGAAACGGAUUGAGGAACAGGGUGAUAUAGCAAGUGGAAAUCUAGAUAAGAAGUACAUGGAAUCUGAAGUUGAUGCUCUUUCUAAGAAUGACACUAUGGGGAGUGAAGAGAAGAAGCUAGCGAAAGAUAGGAAGCGCAAGAAGGAGAAGGCUGCAAAAGAUGGUAUUGAAGGAAAAGAUCGAAAAAAGAAACCAAAGAGAGUAAGUUUUGCUGAAAAUGUUGAGGUUUUUCCUCCCUUAGAUGGUCCGAGUGAGGAAGAUAGUAGCAAGGAUCGUGAGGAAGAUAGUAGCAAGGAACGAAACCUUGUGCGGGGUAAGAAAUUCUCGAAAGAAGAAGAUGAGCUAGUCAAACAGGCUGUUUACAAAUAUAUAGAAGCUCACGACUUAGGUGAAGAUGGCUUGAAGAUGGUACUCAACUGUGGAAGCCAUCGCGAGGCCAGAAAUUGUUGGAAGGAAAUAGGCGCAAAUUUACCUUGGAGGCCUACCGAAAGUGUCUAUCAUCGAGCUCAUCUGCUAUUUGAAAGAAGUGAGAAUCGUACUUGGACUCCUGAAGAAUGCGAGCUUGUUCGCAAGUUUCACGAACAACAUGGGUCAGAUUGGAGGAAGUUGGCUGAUGCUCUUGGUAGACACAGGUUCCAUGUGAAGGAUACCUGGCGAAGAAUAAAACUCCCAUUUAAGAAAGGACCUUGGUCCCAGGAGGAGUACCAGAGACUAUUUGAUCUAGUAAACAUGGACCUACGUAUGAAAGCCACUGAGGAGAGAAAGUCGAAGCACGGCAUGCUCCUUGACAAUAUUGCCUGGGGGGCUAUAAGCGACAGUUUGGGCUCUCGCAAUCAUGCCGUUUGUUGCGAAAAGUGGUACAAGCAAUUGACAUCUUCUAUGGUAGCCGAAGGCAGUUGGGCGGAUACCGAUGACUAUCGGUUGCUCAGCGCUCUUGUUGAUCUGGAUGCUUGCGCGAUGGAAGAUGUAGACUGGGACAGACUCAUCGAGGGUAAAUCUGGGGAAUUAUGUCGAAAGCGGUGGUACCAAAUGGUCAAAUACAUUGGCAAUUACUGGAUCAAGCCAUUUCCUGAGCAGGUGGAAAUUCUCUCGGAACGAUAUUGCCCUGACAUGCUGGAACCGAGGGAGAUCUACGCUAACAAGCCUAAAGUUUUAUGACACCUAGCUUCCUUUGUGUGAGUAAGGCUUUCUGAGCAUCUUGAAGCCACCUAAAUGCGAUGUGAUCUUGUAUCUCGAAUUGCGUUUCGUAUCGUUGAUGCUACUUAGGGAAGGACUGGUUAUGUUCCUCGAUUUUGUGAAUGAAUCGAGUGUCCUUGAAAAGUUCUGGUGUUUAGUCUAGGAUUCCAAUUCCUAGUACCGUGACGGCGACAAGGUUGUCCUAAGCUAAAUAAUUGAUCCGAUGGAACCUUUUCUUCUACCGGAGAUCGGCUGUGUCGGUUUCGAUGCACGAUCCAAGCCGGUUCCAUCACAACUAAUGAGCGGAUCCGUGAUUUCUUGUGGCACAGGCAUCCCGACUGAAUCAGUCUUAUCGUUCUUCAAUAUUUGCAUAUGGCUUUUUGUGACUAGGUGUUCAUUUUGUAGGGGGCUUUAGUAUAAUGUUAUUGUUCCACAAAUGUGGUUCGAUUCUAUUUUCUAGCCAUUCAAAAUCGCAUUUUGUUUCCUUUUCUUAUCAAAGUCCAAAUAAAUUAGUAAUUACAUACCCUUUACAA